GCGGAGCCAGGUGUUCGGCGCGAGCCCGCGGGGCCGCAGGCUCCGCCCGCCGCCGCCCGCGCGGGCUCGCGGUGACGGCCGCGGCGGGGACAUGUCGUGCCCCCCUCAGCGAGGCCCGCAGCGCGCGCCGAGCCUGCCGGGCUGCCAGUUUUCUUUUAUCCUCAGAGACCGAAAUGUCAUCAGAGGAAUCACACCAGGAACAGUUGUCCCAGUCAGAUCCAUCCCCAUCACCAAAGUCAUGUAGUUCCUUUGAGCUACUAGACAUGGAUGCUGGCAGUUUGUAUGAACCAGUUUCUCCACAUUGGUUUUACUGUAAGAUAAUAGAUUCUAAAGAGACAUGGAUUCCUUUCAACUCUGAGGAUUCACAGCAGCUAGAAGAGGCUUAUGGCUCUGGAAGAGAUUGUAAUGGGAGAGUUGUCCCCACUGACGGGGGCAGAUAUGAUGUUCAUUUGGGGGAGAGGAUGCGGUAUGCUGUGUACUGGGAUGAGCUAGCCUCAGAAGUGAGGCGAUGUACAUGGUUUUACAAGGGAGACAAAGACAAUAAAUAUGUUCCCUACUCGGAGAGCUUCAGCCAAGUUUUAGAGGAAACCUACAUGCUUGCUGUAACUCUGGAUGAAUGGAAAAAGAAACUAGAGUCUCCCAACAGAGAAAUUAUUAUAUUACACAAUCCAAAGCUCAUGGUGCAUUACCAGCCAAUUGCAGGAUCUGAUGAAUGGGGAUCAACCCCUACCGAGCAGGGUCGACCAAGAACAGUGAAGAGAGGGGUUGAGAACAUCUCUGUUGACAUUCAUUGUGGGGAACCUUUACAAAUAGAUCAUUUGGUUUUUGUAGUCCAUGGGAUUGGACCAGCUUGUGAUCUCCGUUUUCGAAGCAUUGUGCAGUGUGUUAAUGAUUUUCGCAGUGUUUCCUUGAACUUGCUACAGACACAUUUUAAGAAAGCCCAAGAAAAUCAGCAGAUUGGGAGGGUAGAAUUUCUUCCAGUCAACUGGCACAGUCCUUUGCAUUCUACUGGUGUUGAUGUAGAUCUGCAGCGAAUAACUCUGCCCAGCAUUAAUCGCCUCAGGCACUUCACCAACGACACAAUUCUGGAUGUCUUCUUCUACAAUAGCCCCACCUACUGUCAGACUAUCGUGGACACAGUUGUUUCUGAAAUGAACCGAAUAUACACACUUUUUCUGCAGAGGAACCCUGAUUUCAAAGGGGGUGUAUCCAUUGCUGGUCAUAGUUUAGGUUCGCUUAUAUUGUUUGAUAUCCUAACAAAUCAGAAAGAUUCUUUGGGGGAUAUUGACAGUGAAAAGGAUUUGCUAAAUAUUGUUAUGGAUCAAGGAGAUACACUGACACUAGAGGAAGAUUUGAAGAAACUUCAACUCUCUGAAUUCUUUAAUAUCUUCAAGAAGGAAAAAGUCGAUAAGGAAGCCCUGGCUUUAUGUACAGACAGAGAUCUUCAGGAAAUGGGAAUUCCUUUAGGACCAAGAAGGAAGAUAUUAAACUAUUUCAGGACCAGAAAAAAUUCAAUGGGUAUCAAUAGACCAACACUGCAGUCAGUUUCAGGGGCAAACAUCCCCAAAGAAUCUAAGCUCGGCAGUAGUACAGAUGAUACUAGAAAUGGGGACUAUUUGGAUGUUGGCAUUGGGCAGGUGUCUGUAAAAUACCCCAGGCUCAUUUAUAAACCAGAAAUAUUCUUUGCCUUUGGAUCUCCAAUCGGAAUGUUCCUUACUGUCCGAGGACUAAAAAGAAUCGAUCCCAACUACAAAUUUCCAACGUGCAAAGGUUUCUUCAAUAUUUAUCACCCUUUUGAUCCUGUGGCUUACAGGAUUGAACCAAUGGUGGUCCCGGACGUGGAAUUUGAGCCAAUGCUGAUCCCACAUCAUAAAGGCAGGAAGCGGAUGCAUUUAGAACUGAGAGAAGGCUUGACCAGGAUGAGUAUGGACCUUAAGAAUAACUUGCUAGGUUCACUGCGGAUGGCCUGGAAGUCUUUCACCAGAGCUUCAUACCCUGCCUUACAGGCUUCAGAAACCGCAGAAGAAAGUGAAGGAGAACCUGAAUCAAGUUCAGAGAAGCCUAGUGAUGUUAACCCAGAAGAGCCCUCGGUGUCGGUCAAAGAAGAAGUCUUGCCCAUCAACGUGGGAAUGCUGAACGGAGGCCAGCGCAUUGACUAUGUGCUACAGGAGAAGCCCAUUGAAAGUUUUAAUGAAUACUUAUUUGCUUUACAAAGCCAUCUGUGCUACUGGGAAUCUGAAGAUACAGUACUGCUGGUCCUCAAAGAGAUCUACCAAACCCAGGGUGUCUUCCUCGAUCAGCCUUUACAGUAAAAAUGACACAUCUAUGGCUGCUUAAUACACUGAGGGGUCCUCCCCCAGAAAAGCCACCUGUUUGUUGCUGCAAUUUUCCUCUCCUCAGCUGCGUCAUUUCCUGCAUGUUGCCUGCCACUUACUCACCAGUGGGGUCUCUGGAAGAUAAUCUUCCUUUUUGGAAAUGAACGGACAAGCAAAGGGAAGACCCUAUUACUUUUUACCACUGGCUUUCAUGUAAGACUUGCCGUCGUUUCUUCAUAGCUGGAAGUGGUUUGCAGCCUCAAUUCUCUGACAGUGGUUGACAGGUGCCACACUUGAUUGCGUAGGACUUGAGAUGGUGUAAAGUCUGUUUGGGGUUUGAUUUGUUUGGGGCUGGGUAGACUUUUUCCUAGGAAAUUAUUGCUUAUCUUUAGAACACGUUCUGGUUUGAAAGCGGAUUCUUGGGAUGUAGAGGGCAUUUUGUGGUAUACUCAUCCAUCAUUUGUGUUCUCUGCACCUAAAGGCUAAGUUUGAUUAGUUACAGAAAAGGCAAAUUUUCAAAAAAUUGGGCAUUUUUUUCCCCUUGAACCAGCAUUUCUUUCCCAUGUGUACUGUAUGAAGAAAGGUUAGAAUGUAGCUUAAAAAGAGUAUUGUUUACUCUCUUACAACUGACUGACAGACUUAAUUGCUUGGAAUCACUGAUACUAUUCAUUGUUUUUAUAAUUUUUUAAGUUGCUGUAAAAGUCUAAAGUGAACAAUUUACUUCAUGUUAGGUGCAUCUUUAUAAAGCAAAGAUGUUAUAUGUCCUAGACCUGCCCUUUUAUGUUAUACUCCAAAUUGAGAGACUAGAUAAGGCCUGACUUAGUUAUUUGAUAAUAACGGUAUAGCCAACGUAAGAACAGAAGCUGUAAAAGUUGGCAAACCUGAAAUUACACAGCCUGAACAGGCUGUUUAGGUUAUAAAUAAAAUCUUUUAGUGGUACCUUUAUGGUGAAACAGAAUUUAAGUCAUCUGCCAUUUCCACUCAGGUGAGAGUGCUAUCAUAUAUUCUCUCUAAAAACAUUUGGCAAACAUCAUUGCCGCCUUAGGUAUCCGGAAUCCAGAAUGCUUAAAAGGCUCUUGGCACAGGCACAGUUGGUUGAGAAGGUGGGUUUGUCUAGGGGAAAGCGUUUAAUUAUGGAAAAAAAAAAUACCUACGUCCCAGGAACAGUUCCUGCAGAGUCCGUGUCAGCUAAGUCUGGAACAUGCAAAUUGAGAUUUACUUCAAAGAAUGCAUGUGACUGCAGAGACCAGUUUUUCUCCAAGGCAUCAUCUCACCACUUUGCUGUAGGUAUUUUCUUCCUUGUGGGUCAGAGUUUGUCAUUGUUUGUCCUCUUUGUGAUAAUCCUUGGCACUCCCUCGCAGAUUCCACGGACUUGUUUAUAGGGUGGUCCCGGCAGGCAAGCUGUGCUUUGUUUUUUAUAAAUUUUUGUAAAUGUAUCAUGGUAUCCAAAGUAUUGGCAUGUAAUAGUCAUUGAAGCUGUCCUUAGACAGCAGUGUCUUUAUUGCUUUAGAGAAAGAAGGGUAAUUACUAUUGCCCUGGAGGUUGUAGAGGUGAAGUUGGGGUCAACCCGGCCUUUCCUGGUCAUCUGCUUAUGGCUAAAGCUGAAUAAGCACACCACUAACACAUUUCAUAUAUAUGGAAUACUUUGUUUUCUUUAUUAUAUAAACUCUGAGUAAGGGUUAUUGAAGAAGCAUUAAGAAGCAUUUGCUAUAUAUUAAAGGGGAAGCUCUUGUCAAGUUGCUGUCUUCAAAUUUAUGCUUACUCUUCAUAAUAGCACAAUAGGUGCUAUUUAAGAGUGAACCAAAGGACAAGCAAGAGUGAGUGCCUGUAACCAAAGACAGACAGCAUAACCCUGGAUAGCCAGAUAAACCUCUCUUUAUACUAAGCAAUGUUUCUUUCCUGCUGGUGAGAGGCGGAUAACUGUAAAAGAGCUUUAUAUCUCAUCCAUCCACCUGUGCUUUUAUUAUGGCUGUAUAUGACACAGGGUAAUAAGCGUGACUGAGAUUCUUUAGUCAUAGAUUAUUUGCACUGCUUCAUUUGUGUCAUGUGCAAUAUUUAGAGCAAGCCUGUUUUUAAACUCUGGUACAGCAUCAUUUGGUACAUAUUCCUAGCUGCAGAAUUAGUAUUAUUUAUCUCAGCAAGAGAUUGUUUGCAUGGAAAGAUUAGUAGCACUGAUUAACUUUCUACGAUUUUGCACUUUUGAAAUGUUUGUUUUUUACGUGAUUAUAUUUAAACUUUAGUAAAUACUGAAAUAAAACCGCAUUGACCAGUUGCUUACUUUUACCUGGACUCAUCCAUCAUGUAGUAAAAAAAAAAAAA